AUGGCCGAAUAUACGAUCCCGACGACUGCCAUAGUCUCCUACACCGAGCAUGACUGGCGUUAUGAGCGCGUCUUAUGCCGCGAGCCUGGACCCGGAGAACUAUUGAUUCGAAUGCUGGCGACGGGAAUCUGCCAUACCGAUUUGGCCAAUGUUGGCGAGAUUGCACCUCGAAUCCUUGGACACGAAGGCGCCGGAAGAGUCUUGAGGAAAGGACCUGAUUGCAAAAUCGACGUCAACGUCGGCGACCCCGUCCUUCUAUCCUUCGCACAUUGCAAAGAGUGCUACAUGUGUCUGACUGGACACCCAGCGCAUUGUGUAGAUUCAACAACCCUCACGAUCCGCGGACAAGACCCCAACUUUGCCCUUGCCGAUGAAGACGCUCAAGAUCCGCGACUGGAAGAUGAUGGGCAAGGGAGAAGACGAGUAAUCAAGGCCAGCUACUUCGGUCAUUCAAGCUUCUCGGCAAUCGCGCUUGUCAGGGAGAGCUCGGUUGUAAAUGCCAAGGACCUGGUCGCUAAUGAUGAAGAACUGACAAUGUUUGCCCCCUUGGGCUGCGGCAUUCAAACUGGUGCAUGUGCGGUAGUGAACGUGAUUAAACCCAGCCCGGAGGACAGUGUGGGGGUGUUUGGGCUUGGUGGCGUGGGUCUGAGUGCGAUCAUGGCCGCCAAAGCCUUGGGCGUGCGAGAGAUUAUCGCUGUAGACAUCCUCCCAAAUCGGCUUUCGCUCGCCAGCUCUCUGGGUGCGACCCACACAAUCAACAGCAAAGACAUGUCCAAAGACGAGCUUAUUCGCGCCAUCCGCUCUCUUCCACCCUUCCAGCGAGGAAAAUCUGGCCCCUCCGGCCCUUCGGCAAUCGUAGACACCACAGCGGUGCCUUCACUGAUCCAAGCUGCGUUGGCCGCCGUACGGAAGAUGGGGCGGGUGGUUCAGCUGGCGAACAAAGGGCCAGGAAGUUCUCUUAGCGUCGGAUUGCCGGAGCAUAUGGCAUCUGGUGUCCAUCUCUCCGGCACCAUUCAGGGCGACGCGGAUCCAGCAAAGAGUAUACCACUGCUGAUCAAGUGGUAUCGCGAGGGAAAACUGCCUUUGGAGCGGCUGGAGAAGACGUUUGCCGUCGAGGACUUUGAUCGAGCACGGGAGGAGAUGCAUAGUGGUGUCACAAUCAAGCCGGUCCUUCUAUGGCCGCAAUAG